AAUGGGUAACUUUUUCCGCGUUGGCGGGGGGAUAAAAAAAACCCAACUCGGGAUCUCCCCCGUCGUAAAUCCCUCUCCUCUCUCGAUUCGCCGUCGUCUUCUCCUCCAACUUUCUUGUCGUCUCUGCCGCGCCGGACGUCUCGUCUUCUCCUCCAAUUAUUCGUGUUUAUUGUUCUUCUGCUGAGGAGCUGGUGGAUAUGGAGAACAUUCCGGUUGAGGUUGUCGGGAACAGAUUACUUUCGCUAGACUCCGCCCGUGACGCGGUGGUUGCUUCAGCCACCUGCCGGAAGUGGAGGGAGGCAUGGAAGAACCACCUCCUCUCUCUCGCAUUCUCCUCAAACGACUGGCCGAAAUUCCGCAAACUCACAAGCAGCGAGUUAGAGGUCAUCAUAACCCGAACCCUUUUCCAGACGACCGGUUUGUGCGGCCUCUCCUUAAUAAUGGAAGACGACAAGGUGUUAUCCCCCGCCCCUGUCAUCGCCUGGCUGAUGUACACCAGACCGACGCUGUGGGAGUUGAAUUACAGCGUGAAAACCAAACCGAAGAUCAACGUUUUGGAGUUUUGCGGGCGUGAGAAGCUUGAGGUCUUGUUCCUCGGGCACGACGUGAUAACCGGUGUGGGGCCCACGUGCCUCGGGAGGUUCCUUUCCCUGAGGGAACUAACCUUGCACUGCGCCAGCAUUUCGGGUUUGGAUUUGAGUCUGUUUUUGGCCCUUGCCCCGAUUCUCGAGUUCCUAAACCUGAUAUGUGUCGACGUUGUCAUGUCGGACCCACAUGCGACAUUGGAGUUGAGGAACGGAUCUUUGAGGGAGCUCUACGUCGAGGAACUCCUCAACUUGGAAAAGGUCGUCGUGGAAGCCGAGAACCUCGAGACGUUGCACUGGAAGCACUGCGAGCUCAAUUACUUUGAGCUCGUCAGCAAGGGCGGGUUGAGAGCCCUGACCAUUGGUGGCCUCAGCACCCUCCACCUCGACAUCGGCGAGUCAGCCGAGAAUCUCGAGUCAGUUGACCUAAUCAACUUUACGUUCAUGCGGUCAAAGUUCCUCCACACGAUCAUGAAGUCGAAGAGGCUGAAGAGGCUGAGGCUACGGGGAGUGGUCUUGGACGAGUACAACAACGACAUUGAGGCCCUCGAUUUGGGAACGAUCGCGUCUUGCUUUUCCCGGAUGUGCGAGCUGUCUCUGAGCUACAAACUGAAAGAGCCGUCAGUCAACCACGAGUUGGCCCGUUCGUUCGCGAUCACUCCCGAGUCAAUCAUGGAGCUCGGGUGGACGGUCAUCAUCGACUCUUUCUCAGAAUGGGCGGGCUGGGUUUUGGUGAGGGGUGCCCGGCUGAAGAAGAUGGUGAUACGCGGCGUCGUCUCGGAGACGAAAAGCCAUGGAGAGUGUGAGAAGACGUUGGCUAACUUCACGCCCUUCAUUGCAAGGCUCGUGAGGAUGAGGAAAUCUGUUUAUAUAGAGGUUCGGGUUGAAUACGAAUGAGUGAAAGCAUAGCAGCUGAGGGAUGGAUUUAUCUUCCUCUUUUGGUUUGGAGGUCUUUCUUUAUUUAUACUUUUGGCAAUUUGCACACUACACCACAUUUCUUUACCGACACUUUGAUUGUUCACACUGACACAAAAUUUUAGUAUAAACUUUUUCAAUCAGA